GGUGUGAAGUUAUUUUCAUCCAUUAAUUCAGCUGAAAAGAGGAAAUAACAUCAGUUCUUUCAGAUGUGCAGCAGAGAAAAGUCUCUCAGUGUUCAGCAGCUGAUAGAAGGACAGGAGAUGUUGGUUCUGGAACUGGUUCUGAUCGUUGUGCUUCAGUUUGAAGGCACCAGAGGAGGAGAACUUUAUCACAGAUCUGGAGAUGAUGUCGUUCUACCUUGUAACAGUCCUGCAUUUUUUUACCCAUGCUCCAUUGUUAACUGGUUUUUCAACAGAGAUCCAAGCUCAAGCUCUCUGUUGGAGGUUCAGGAUGGAAAAGUUGUUCAGAGUUUACCUCGAGCUGCCAGGUUAAAUGUGGACAGAAAAUGCUCUCUGAUCAUCAACAACAUCACUGCUGAGGAUGCUGGACGGUAUACCUGUCGACUUGGUUCAAGAACCGACUUUGAUGGCGAUGUACACCUGAGUGUUUUGACCAUCUCUCCAUCUCCACCAGGUGCUGAUCCAACAAAGGAUGAAGAUUUCACAUUACAGUGUUCUCUGGUCAGAUUCAGAGGGUUGGGUCCUUGUCCAGAGAAGAGCCUCCUCUGGGUGGAUGAGACAGGAAGUGAGCUGCUUGGUGAAGGUGUUGGGUUCAAGUCUGGAGGACAGACUGGCUGUGAUUCUAAUCUCACUGUGAAGCUUCAGAGAAGCAGCAACAGAACAUACACCUGCCAGUUUGUUGAGGGAAACACAGUGAAGAUAGAAUCUCACUACACACUUGAGUUUAAAGUUAUCAGGGGAGAAGGAGUCCAUAUCUACCACAGAGCUGGAGAUGAUGCUGUUCUGUCCUGUAAAAGACCUUCAUCAUCUCUCUCAUGCUCCACUGUUGACUGGUUUUAUACGAGAGCUGAAAACAUGAAGCGUCAACAUGAAGUUCAUGGAGGAAAAGUUCAGAGUUCAGCUCGAGCUGCCAGGCUGAGGUUGGACAAUAACUGCUCUCUGAUCAUCAACAACAUCACUGCUGAGGAUGCUGGACGUUACACCUGUCAGCUUUGGGAUGGAGGACGCUUUGACACAGAUGUGUAUUUAAACAUGAUGAGCAUCUCUCCAUCUCCACCAGGUGCUGAUCCAACAAAGGAUGGAGAUUUCACAUUACAGUGUUCUCUGGAGAGAUACAGAGGGUUGGGUCCUUGUCCAGAGAAGAGCCUCCUCUGGGUGGAUGAGACAGGAAGUGAGCUGCUUGGUGAAGGUGUUGGGUUCAAGUCUGGAGGACAGACUGGCUGUGUUUCUUAUUUCACUGUGAAGCUUCAGAGCAGCAGCAACAGAAGAUACACCUGCCAGUUUGUUGAGGGAAACACAGUGAAGAUAGAAGCUCACUAUGAGAUUGAAGGAGUUACUGUCAACAGCACCAUCAUCUUCAUCAUCCUUGGAGCAGUGAUUGGGGUUUUGCUGCUUCUGGUGGUUCUUGCUGCUGUUUUCAUCAAACUGAGGAAAACCAACGUUAAAGAGGAUCAAAUAACCACAACAGAAGAUCAAGACUCAACCCCUGAAAUUCAUCAUCAUGGGGAGAAGGAGACCAACCUGACAUAUGCCACUGUUGAUCACUUUAAUCCCAAAACUUCUAAGAAGAUAAAGGUCAAACAAGAUGAAGACACUGUGACUUAUUCCGCUGUGAGGACUAAAAAUAAGACGGAGGCGAACAUCAACCACAGCAGUCUCUACAGCAGCAUUGCUAGGACAAAAUGACCCAAAGAGGGAAAUAAAACACCUCAUCAC